AUGUCUUCCGUCAAUUUGGGUUCUGUUAAACUGGACGAAUGCGUCGUUUUGUCCGGUAUUUCGGGGCGCUUCCCGCAAUCGGAUAACAUGCGUGAGUUUGCCGGCAAUCUGUACAACAGACGCGACCUGGUAGAUGAGAAGGAAACACGUUGGCCGCAUACCAUGCCGGAGAUUCCGCGGCGGUCCGGUAAAAUCAACAAUCUGGAUAAGUUUGAUCGGGAGUUUUUCGGAAUCAGUCGUAAUCAGUGCAAUUCAAUGGAUUCGCAGCUGCGAUUGCUGCUGGAGCAUUCAUACGAAGCGAUUGUGGACUCCGGAACCAAUCCGGAGACGGUGCGGGGCUCGCGGACGGGAGUUUUUGUUGGGGUGUGCUUUUCGGAAACCGAAGCCAGGUUAUUUUUUCAGUCUUGUCCUCCGAAGGGAUACGCUAUGUUGGGAUGUGCCAAGUCUCAAUUGGCAAACAGAAUUUCAUACAUGUACGAUCUUCGUGGACCAUCGCUGGUGUUGGAUACCGCUUGCAGCAGCAGCAUGUACGCUUUGGAUGAAGCCCGUAGGAGAAUGAUGAGUGGAGAAUGCGACGCUGCUCUUGUACUGGGGACCAAUCUUUGCUUACAUCCCUAUAUUUCGUACCAGUUUUCGUUGCUAGGAGUUCUGGCCAAGGACGGCGUGUGCCGCCCGUUUGACGAGAAGGCCAAUGGGUAUACUCGAUCUGAAGUAAUCUGUGCUAUAUUUUUGCAGAAAGCAAAGGACGCAAAACGUAUUUAUGCGCACAUUUUACACACAAAAACUAAUUGCGAUGGAUUCAAAUCAGAAGGAAUAACAUAUCCUUCGGGGGUUAUGCAAAAACAACUUAUGAGUGAAUUCUACGAAGACAUAUCCAUCGACCCUAGAGAUAUUUCCUUCAUUGAAGCUCACAGUACCGGUACGGUUGUUGGUGAUCCAGAGGAAUGCGAUGCGAUCGAUAAAGUCUUCUGCACCGAUCGUGACCGACCAUUGUUGAUUGGAUCAGUCAAAUCCAAUAUUGGUCACUCGGAAGCUUCAGCAGCACUGUCUUCGAUCGCAAAGUGUAUGAUUGCGAUGGAAAGUGGGUUAAUUCCACCAAACAUAAAUUUGAUCAAACUUCGCGCAGAUGUUCCAGCUUUAAUUGCCGGUCGCCUACAGGUGGUUGAUGAAGCCAAACCUCUGGGAGGUCCACUGGUAGCGGUCAACUCCUUUGGUUUUGGUGGAGCCAAUGCACACUUGCUGAUUCAUCGUAAUCCAAAGGAGAAAAUUGCACAUGGAGUUCCGGAUGAUGACCUUCCACGUUUGGUUAUCUGGUCGGGCAGAACCAAGGAAGCGGUUGAGUACAUAUUUCAAGACAUAUCCAGCCGUGCUUUGGAUGCUGAGUUUGUUGCAUUGUUGCAUAACGUGCAACGAACCAAAACACCAGGGCAUCGAUACCGAGGUUUUGGAAUUUUCAGCAAAAAAGGUUCCCAGCCCUCGACACUGGAUCUGUUCAACAUGGAUCGUGUAAAACUUGAUAAUCUACCGCUCGUGGCAAUCUUCUCCGGCAUCACGCAGAAAUGGCAGGAGGAUUUGGAAAUGCUUCGACAAUUUCCGGGGAUUCAGAAGACGGUGUCGCAAUGUUGCACCGUUUUGGAAGCCUUCGGGUAUGACCUAUUCCACAAACCAUCUCGACGCACUGAUCUGCGACAACUUAUGAUUGGAUCAACCGUACUUCAACUGGCCUAUGCCGAUGUUCUCACAGCCACUGGAGUAAGGCUGGAUGCUUACGGCGGUCACUCGAUUGGACAGUUUACUUGUGCUUAUUUAGAUGGCUGUAUGAGUCUGGAACAAGUCAUCCAAUUGGUGUACUAUCAUGGAUCAGUUUUAGCUGAGUAUAAAACCGAAAUGAAUUUCAAUGCUUUCUUGGAACUGGGAACGAAGCGUCCGGCACCGCCGUUGUCAUUUGAUGGAUUCAUCCGGGACACGUUUCUGUCUCGCUUCGGAGUUGUUGGAGGCCCGCUGAAUCCCACAAGUGCCGUAGUUGACCAACUCAAAUCACGAGGCUACGUUGCUGAACAUCUUCCAUUUGUGAGCUUCGUUUAUGCAAAAGAUUCGAUAGAUGAGAUGUCACAGAAGCUGAACACUCUUGUAUCGCAUAUAAUGUCUCGGCCUCUAACGCCCUCGGCACGUUGGAUUAAUCUAAAGGACCCAUCGAAUUUUGUUUCCACUGCGGUACACGACUCGUUCUCUAUUGUGAACCUUCUGGAGAAAAUACCCGAGCAUUGCAUGAUACUGGAGCCAUUUACGAGACAUUCCAUGCAACCGGUGCUCAAGAGCCUCAACCGCAAAUCCAAAUGCGUUCCAUUAGAUAAGUCAUCUGGACCUAUUACAGCUCUGCUAGCUUCUUUGGGACAUUUGUAUUUGGCACAGCAAGAGUUGAAUCUAUUGAAUCUCUAUCCACCGGUCCAGUUUCCCGUUGCUCGGGGAACUCCCAUGAUUUCACCGCUGAUGCGAUGGGACCAUCAUGACUCUUGGUAUGUCGUACGGUACGAAUGGGUAGCGUUCCGGGUGGCCAAUCAGAUGCUCUUCAAGGUUACACUGGCGGAUCAGGACUUCGUUUACGCCAGCGGUCACUGUAUUGAUGGCAGGGUUCUAUUCCCGGCUACGGGAUAUCUCAGCCUAGUGUGGGAGUUGAUAGCAUACCUGAUGCAGCGAGAGCUGUCGGACUGCCCGGUGCAGUUCGACGAUGUGCAAUUUCUACGAGCGACGACACUCACGAAGAGUAACGUAGUCAAUCUUCUUGUGACCCUGCAGAAAGGAACUGGAAGGUUCGAGAUUGUCGAUGGCACGACCGCUGUUGUAACUGGUUAUGCAAAAAUGAUACAAACGAGGCCAGAGCAGUUCCAAGAUUUUGAGGAAAAUGCAUCCGCUCCUCUGUUGACAGCUCGGGAUUUCUAUAAAGAACUUAGAUUGAGGGGAUAUCACUACAACGCCUUGUUCAAAUCUGUUUUGGAAGCCCGCAGCGAUGGUUCGGCGGCUAAGGUACAAUGGAAAGGGAACUGGGUUGCGUUUUUAGAUUGUCUACUGCAGGUUGGAUUGAUAGCCAUUGAUACUCGGUCUUUGAUGGUUCCAACAGCUAUUGAAAGCGUCACAAUAUUUCCGAAGAAACAUCUAUCGAUGAUGUCACAUGAAGACGAUGGUACUGUGGAAUACUUCACUGUAACCAACUGCCCGAAUACAAAUGUGAGCGUUUCCGGUGGCGUCCGAAUAUCUGGUCUUCGUGCGAACGUUGUCAACAGGCGGCAACCUCCAGGUAUUCCCAUACUGGAAAAGUAUUCUUUUGUACCAUAUCAUUCUACAGUGCAUACUACAGUACUUGAGGCUAUUCGAAUGUGCGUUCAGUUGGCUUUAGAAAACUCUCCAACCAUUUCAAUCCGGGCUACCGAAAUACAUCGUGAUGGUACUGAGAUACUGUUACCGUAUUUUGCAGAAGCCUUGGAUGACCUACCGUUGGUUCAGCCUACCUUGACACUGUUGACUUCAAACGAACUAGAACUCCCUUAUAUCACGGUGAAAAAUGAGAAAAUAACGGGUCAAACGGGACUUCAUUUCAUAAUCAGUCACAAUCUCUUGAAUGACAAUGAAUUCCUUCAUAACGCUACGGCUGCACUCGAUACUUCUGGUUUCCUGCUCAUACGGCAAACAGGAACCGAAAUCGUUCUCCCAUCAAAAUUCAUAAAAAUUGCCACCUUCACCAUCGAUGACUCCCAAGCUCUUGUCCUGCUCCAGCUAUCAAACGGCAUUGGCAAGGAACCACCAGCAGUGAUUCGCAUUGAAACGAAUGAUUUAGCUUUCAAAUGGCUGCAAGAGUUGCAGAACAUGAUCAAGAUCAAACCGGUACUACUGUACUCGCAAAACGAUCAAAUUUCCGGCAUAAUUGGGCUGGUCAACUGUAUCAAGAAAGAGUUCAAGUCUCAUCCCGUCCGUUGCUUUUUAAUUGAUGAUAUUAGUGCUCCGCCAUUUGCACUGGGUGAACCAUUCUACAAGGACCAACUCAGUCUGGACCUAACCAUCAACGUGUACCGAAAUGGAACUUGGGGCAGCUAUCGCCACGCGUUGAUGGACCUGAAGUCCAAAGUAGAUUCAGUACGUAAUCAUUGCUUCGCCAACUGCUUCACAAGGGGCGAUUUGUCGUCGAUGACUUGGUUUACCGGUUCCUUGAACACAAUUUCUUCCGGUGGCGAGCUGAUACGGGUGAUGUACAGUGCUUUGAACUUCCGCGAUGUGAUGAUUGCUACGAGCAGACUUUCAUCCGAUGUGCUCCAUGUCAAUCGUUUAGAGCAGGAAUGUUUGCUUGGGAACGAAUAUUCGGGAGUUUCUGUUCGGGGACGACGAGUUAUGGGAGUUUUACCCAGUGGGGCUAUGGCGACUAUGGUGGAGUGCGAUCCGUUGAUGACGUGGACCAUUCCGGAUGACUGGAGCUUGGAGGAAGCGGCCACCGUUCCCGUUGUCUAUGGAACGGUGUACACGGCAUUGUUCGUGUGCAGUCGUAUCAGGAAAGGGAAAUCAAUUUUGAUUCAUGCCGGUAGUGGAGGCGUUGGCUUGGCUGCCAUACAAGUGUGUUUGGCUUACGGAAUGGAAGUAUUCAGUACGGUGAGCACCGAGGAGAAAAAACAGUUUAUUUUGGAACGAUUUCCCCGUUUGAAGGCAGAUAACAUCGGAAACUCUAGAGAUACUUCAUUUGAAACUAUGAUCAAGCUCAGGACGAACGGUCGUGGAGUUGACUACGUUUUGAACUCUUUGGCUGAGGAAAAGCUCCAAGCCUCUCUUCGUUGUUUGAGUAAGAAUGGUCACUUCCUAGAAAUAGGAAAGUAUGAUAUGGCCAAUGACUCUAAAAUUGCGAUGGAUUUAUUCAAUAGGGGAAUCACUUUCACGGCAGUAAUGCUGGAUGCGAUGUUCAAGGGAUCUUUUGCGGAGAAACAGCGACUACAUGCAUUGCUGAUGGCCGACAUACUGAGUGGAGUUAUAAAGCCGUUGAACACAACGGUUUUUCCUGCGAUCGAGAUCGAAAAAGCCUUCCGUUUUCUUGCUAGUGGGAAACACAUUGGAAAAAUUCUGCUGCAGAUUCGGAGUCACGAAGAGGACGAGCAAACGUUGCCUAUCAAUGUUGUUCCGAGACUGUAUUGUGACCCGAACUGCGCGUACGUAAUCGUAGGAGGGCUGGGAGGAUUCGGUUUGGAGUUAGCGGACUGGUUGAUUAUUCGCGGAUGUCGUAAACUCAUAAUCAGUUCCAGCAGAGGAAUCACGAAAGGCUACCAGGAGUAUCGAUUAAGGCUGUGGAACCGCUACGGUGUACGUACAUUAAUUAACACAGCCAAAAUAACCACCCUGGAAGGGUGCCGUGAACUUCUUCGAGAGGCAUCUGUCAUCGGACCUGUGAUAGGCAUUUUCAAUCUGGCCGUCCAGCUAAGGGAUUCCACCCUGGAAAACCAAACCCCCGAAAAGUUCGGCGAGUGUCUGGCACCGAAAGCGCAGGCUACUCGCUAUUUGGAUGAAGUCAGCCGAAAGUUGUGCCCAAGGCUAGCGCACUUCGUUGUCUUCUCCAGUGUAUCAUGUGGACGAGGUAAUGCCGGCCAAAGCAACUACGGCAUGGCAAACUCCAUAAUGGAGCGCAUUGUAGAGAGUCGCGUAGCCCAAGGUCUACCGGGAAAGGCGAUCCAAUGGGGAGCAAUCGGAGAGGUCGGAAUCGUAGCGGACAUGGCUGAGGACAGGCUGGACAUGGAGAUUGGAGGAACGCUUCAGCAGAGGAUUUCGUCUUGCUUGCAAGAACUGGAUCGCCUAUUGAUGAGUGAUGACCCCAUUGUAGGCAGUAUGGUUGUGGCGGAGAAGAGAAUUGGUGGCAGUUCACGAAACAUAAUGGAGACAGUUAUGAACAUUAUGAGCAUCCGUGAUUUGAAAUCGGUUUCCAUGGAAAGUACCCUGGCAGACGUUGGUAUGGACUCGAUGAUGGCCGUCGAGAUAAAACAAGUAUUGGAGAGUGACUUCGAUUUGAUUUUGUCGCCUCUUGAGCUUCGUACACUUACGUUCAUGAAGCUGCAAAAGUUGGUUGACGAAAAACGACUGAAUGCUGAGUCAAAAGAUGAAAUAUCCGCCAACCCAAUGGUAAUCGGAAUGGAAAUGCUACUUCGAAACUUGGGUGAAGAAGAAAACAGCCACGUUACGUUGCUUUCUUUACCAUCCCUCACAACUGAAGGACGCCCCAUUCUAAUCAUUCCGGGCUUGGAGGGUGUAGCUGGACAUGUUUGGCGAGUAAUGGCCGCCGGGUUGAAUGCACCUGUUCAUAUUCUGCAAACCUUAAACACAUUCGAUCUGAAGAGCAUUUCGGAGAUCGUGGAUCACGUUUGGGAUGAAUUAGAUGAGAAAGUUUUUAGAGGGUUCGAUGACUUUUUGAUAGUUGCGUAUUCGUUCGGUACGUUGAUCUCAAUCGAACUCGUCCGAAGGCUUCAACGACGGAGUCUUCCCGGUACGCUAAUACUGUUGGACGGGGCACCAAAGUUUUUGAAGCAGUUAUCAGCGAUGCAGAUGAGUCACAGUGUGACGGACGAGCAAAUCCAGGGCCUUCUGAUGACGGCCAUCAUAUCGCAUGUAUUCCCUAGCUCACCAAUCGAAAAUGUUUAUUCGAUCCUGCAGGUUUCUUCUUUCGAUGGUCAAAUAGAAAAGUUGAUUGAAGUGGCCAAGGGUCAGGCCACUUAUUCGCCAGACUACACACGCAAAAUGACCAAGGCCCUGUUCAAUCGGGUGAAAAUGGUUCUCGGUAUGAAUAUAGGAGAAAUAGAACCCCUGAGCGUACCGAUCGUAUUGGUCCGGCCUUCGGAGGUUUCUGUGAUGGAGAUCGACGAAGAAUACGGUUUGGAAGGAAGUACAACUGCAACGAUGUCGAUGAAGGUAGUCGACGGAAGUCAUAUGACGAUGUUGGAAAACAAAGUUUUAGUGGAUAUCAUUAACGGAUUGAAUGAGGUGAAACAGUUUUGA